GGUCGAUAGUGAAAUUCCGUAGCAGGGCAGCGUUGUAACGAAAACGAGAGGGAAAAUGGAUGAUAAUCCUGCUUUCGACGUCUCUCCGUCGGAUAACAAGGCAACUUAUGUACUGAGCAACGUUGUGGAGGUCGUUGAGCGAAUUCUUACUUUCGUUCCGACCAAAUCUCUACUACGAAUCGCAAGUGUAUGCAGGCUAUGGAGCAACUGUGCCCGACGAGUGCUUAGAACACAGCAGCAGCUUACUUGGGUGUCGGUCUGUGGGCCGUCCACCACGGAGGUUAAUGCCCUCUGCAGCAGUCUGACAGAGGAGGUGGAGAAAGUGUUUCUUCUGCCCAAAAUGGUUCUCACGAUGAUGGACCACGAGGCUGUCAAAGUUCCAGAUCUAAGCAGUCCUCUUUUUCUCAAAGCAAAGAGGAGCCGCCACAGUCUAGUUGAGGAGCUCAGUCGGGUCUUCCCAAAGAAUUGUGAUAUCAUGGGCAUUGCUGCACCAGGAAUUGUCUUAACUCCCAGUGGCUCUCGCUCCAGUCCUCCGAAGGAAUAUCAGGAAGGAGAGGCCGGCUUUGCCAUCAUGUUCCCAAGCAUGGAAGGCGUCCACAUCAGACCGUUUCACUUCUGCAAGAAGUCCCUCUCUCAGAGCGCGCUGAAAGAAGCUGGACUCAUUGACAACCCAGAGUUGAGAGUUGUGUUGCUGUUUGUCUAUGAGGCGUAUAAACCUGGAGGAGCCCAUUUCCUUGGCCAAAUCCUGACGCCUCUGGCUAAGAGCAAAGCUCUGAUCGCAGGGGGAAUAGUAGAAAGUGUCUUUCCCGCUAGCCUCUGUUGUAGCCGGGGUGCGUAUGGUGUGGUGGGCCUGGCCCUGAGCGGCCCCAAAGUGCAGGGCGCCUCGGUGCUCCUGGACCAGGAAGUUAGCAAUCCCAAAGCGGCCGAAGACACCAUCCGCAGGCUGAAAGCCGCCAAAAUCCCAGAGAGGAACACUCUGGGCUUCAUGUUUGCGUGCGUAGGCCGAGGGCACAAUUACUAUAACAACCAGAACAAUGUGGAGGCUGACGCCUUCCACAAGGUCUUCCCCGGAGUUCCGCUGUUCGGCCUUUUCGGCAACGGUGAAAUCGGCUGCGAUCGCAUCGUCAAAGAUGACUACACACUGUGCGACUCCGACGCGGAUUGUCUUCAGCACGAGUACACCACGGUCAUGACGCUGGUCCAUCUGGGUUGAUGGCUACAAAUUCACUACCAUUUGACUAACAGGAAUUGAGCAGGCACGCAUUGGAGUCAUUCUUCGGCCAGCCGUUUGCGUCUCUCUUAAUAGUUACAAUAGGAUAACACGCGUCAUCUUUUAUCGUAUCCUACUGUGAUGUAGCAGUCUUGUCAAACAUAAAUGUUUCAGGCGGAUUUUGGGUCACCUUAUAGGGUUUUGCACCCUGCGCUAUUGUUAAAAAGUUUCUGGCAAAGGCACUUUUUCUUCCUGUACAAGUAGAUGUCACUUUCAUUUUGAAAAGCUAGGGCACUUUUGCUACACAAUGUGAGCAAAAGUAUUCAGACACAUGCCCAAUAUGUGCACAAGCACAUCGUAGAGCUUUGGUGAAGCUUUACACUGCCGUUAAAAAAAAAAAAAGAAGCUAUUUUUCGUCAUCAUUUCCUUUCAUACUGAACAGCGGUAAAGUUGACAUGACUUUUUUUUUUUUUUGGUGGGAGGGGGCGACACUGUACCUGUUUUAGUUCUGUUAAAGCAUUUGAAGACCUUUCACUUCUUCCAUACUAAAUGCAUUCAAGCAUGCCUUUAAUGGAAUGAAAACAGAAAGGAAUCUUCCCCAACUGUUAUGCCAAAUCUUGACAAAGUUCUCUGGGGGGAAUACUUAAGAAAUGUAAUACCGUUGCCCUUUCAUUGUUGGGUGUCAAGGUCAUCGCCACCUGGCACGGCAUUUAGGCUUUGUUUUUCUAUCUUAAGUGGAGACCGGAACUUACUGAAUAGUGAUUGGCAAAUGUUUUGGUACUCUCAAAUUUGACAGCCUUCCAGUUUUCAAUGUUGACUUUGGCUGUGGUCAAGGUGCAAUUUCCACAUGUAUGUUGCAUUGUGGUGUAAAUAUUGAUAUUUAAUAUGAAUCCUUCUGUGUUUUGUUUGAAGAGUUCAAAUAUUUUUGCUUUAGAAUACUGCCCCUUUUUUUAAAAUUUGAGAUCAAGUACAAGCGCUGCAACAGAAAAAGGUGGACAGCCCGUUAUGCAAGUUAAACCAUAGAAAAACUUUAGGAAAAUAUACAUUAAGCCCACAAAUGUUCAUCAUAUGUCAUCUUCUUGUACUAACUCUCAACAGAUAAUAGGUGAGUAUAGUUUUCUUUGAAUGUAUGUAAUGUAGUUUGUUUUUUGUUUUUUUGGGUGAUAAUUAUUUUCGUCUGGGUGACAAGUGCACUUUUCUUACCCAAUGUGCCAAAAUCAGAUCUUCAUUCUAUCUGCCCAAAUCAAAUAAAUGAAGACAUCAAAC